AUGGCUUUGUAUUUGUCUUCGCGGCGCACGAAGUCCGCGGCUUUACUGUUGGCGGUGCUGUCCAUCCCAUUGGCGUAUCUCAUGCUUCAGAUGAGGGACCGGUUUAACGAUAAUAUGAAGGAACGGAUCUGUGGUUCGUUUGAUAGAGUCUUCUCUUCAUGUUCUACACCAACAUCUGGUGUACAGGAGAUGAAUAUCAGUGAACCGGAAACUGAAACUGAAAACUGAUUACUGUUUUAAUAUUUGGUUCACAUUUCUCAUCGUUUUUCUCAAUGACUUAAUAAUUAACAAAAAUUUGAUUAUAAGUGAUAACAAGACUAUAGGAGGGGUCGACAUCUCAGAAAUGGCUAAACAUGCGGUCCUAAGAAAUGGACACAAAUAUGGAGUUUCGGGUCUAAAGAACAUGAAGAGUGCAGAAGUGGAUCACUUGAGAGUCAGACUCUUAAAUGGUGUCGAAGUGUCCGAAAGAGCUCUGCUUUUGAAUUAUGGAAACCAACGAAUCGAUGGCUUAAAGGUUGUGAUCAUUUGACUGUAAAUUCUGAGAUCAACUCCAAUACUGUUAAUGACAUUAAUAUCGGAAAUCUAUCGCAAAGUCUUGUUCUCAAAGGAUAUAAUAAUUCAAUCAAUUCUAUGAAAACAUUUACUUCUAAAAUCCG